AUGGGUGCAGCCUUUGAGCGCCAGCGUGACCAUGUGUUCACUCCACCCAGUCUGGAGGAACGUCUACGUCAAGCGGCCGGCCAAACAUUGGCAACGUGGGUCGUUAACCAUGGGCCUAAGACUCCUGAGGAGGUAACCAGCUGCCGGGCACUUCUUGAGAGGUACCUGGAGCCGCACCUAACGACUCAAAGUCAAUACAAGGCACGCCUUGACAUGCAAGCACGUGGUGCACCGGUUCCACCAAUCAAGUGUAUACCCAAUCUCUUGUUCGCAGGCGAAACAGUGAGCGAAGAAGACGAUGCCUUCGUUCACUGGGUGACCUAUGUGCGUCGCCUCAGCAACAUGUUUGCUCUAAGGGCUAGUGCCCAUGCGGCUGAUGUUCGUCUCGAACGCAAGUUUCGGUUAGAUUUUGCCAAGCUUAAGGCUAGAGGCCAAUUGCGCAAGCGCACGCGCUAUGCUUCGGCUACUAAGGUAGCCGCGAGUGCUGGUCAGUCUGUGGCCUACUACUCGCCAACCCGCACCACUAGUGGUGGGGAACGGCCUCGGUCUCGAGAUGACUAUGUCCACGAUGCUCAAAAACAUCCAAAGCAAAAGGGCAAUUUGCCGUAG